CGAGCAAGUUGUGGCACCUCGACGCUAAGCUUACGGUAUCAUGAUCGAGGGUGUUUUGGGAGAUGAACGGGCUUCUAUUCGAGUCCUAUUGGCAAGGGAAAAUACACAGAACUAUAGGUGUAUCUGACGAAACGCUAUUGGCUCUUCGAGUCGUGGCUUCCCGUCUUUGGUUCCUGCACACGCGCUCCUCCAAGUCUGUUAUCCCGCAUCUGUUGCCUCCAGCGGUCGUUGUUGAUCUUUUUCGUAUACAAGAAGCCUGCACCGGCAGCUAAGAUAAGCCCUCCGCAGCCAAAGGCCUUCGAAAGUGGGGGGAGGUGCCCAGAGAGUUCAUGUGAUCCAAUGGCAGUCCAAUAAGAGGUGGGGACUCGCCAGUGUCUUCGGAGAUUUGGUGAACAUCAUCAGACCCUUCUAGACGUUUGCUUCGAGGCGAUGGUGUACCCCAGACGACAGGUGUUCAAACCAAAGUUAACCUAGGUAAGCAAGAUGCUGGCCCAGUAAGGAAAGUGUAGACUGAAGCCUUCAGUG